AUGCUGUGUGGAUCCUUUGAUGCAGGCAGAUACUUCCAGGUUGUGAAGACGCAGCACACACAGCAAGGCCGAGGCGGUGCCACCAUUCAGGUGGAGCUGAGGGACGUGCAGACGGGCCUCAAGAGCAACGAGAAGCUGCGCACCUCCGAGCACAUUGAAUUGGUGUUCUCAGAUGACAAGCCCUUUGUGUUCCUCUAUGUGGACGAGGACAAUGCUUGCCUCAUGGAGAAGCAGACUUUCGAGCAGAUCUCACUUCCCGUGUCAAUGUUCGGCGACGCGGCACCCUUACUGCAAGACGGCAUGGAGGUGGUGGUGCAUCUGUUCAACGGCAAGGCCCUGUCUGCAUCGCUGCCUGCCAGGGUGUCCGAUGUCGUGGACGAGGCAGAGCCCUUCUUUAAAGGCCAGACUGCCGCUCCCUCGUACAAGAAGGUCAAGUUGAGAUCAGGGAUCACAGUUCAGGUGCCAUCGUUUGUGGUGGCAGGGGACGAGAUCAUAGUGCAGACGUCAGACCUCACUUAUGUCACCCGGUAA